AGUCACGCCCCUUUGAGGGCAGACACAACAAAUUGUCUACCCACACUGUGUUCUGUGCUUCUGAGUUGAGACAGCGAGGGGUGGGGAAUGGCACGGCUAAAUUAAGAGACAACACUGCUGUUUAAAAAAACAGUUUCAGUCACAGACCUGCGUUCAGUACUGGGUUAGCUACUGCUUUGGCUCGUGUGCAAACUGUCUAGAUCUAUUAGUAUUUUUUUUAAUGUGCGAUAUUUAAAUAUUGCUAUAAAAAUAGCAAAAUCGCAAAGAAAAAGCACACACAUGUGGCCGUAACGUAAAUCAGCCUUGUCAAGGGCAUUUUGACAAGCGUGCACUUACUACUUUUUUAUUGUAGAAUAUAUAUUAUUGUCGUAUUUAAAUCGCAUAUACAUUAUUUUCAGUGUAUGUCUUUGGGUUUGCUCCCUGUAACCUUAGCGUAAGGUUUGCAUUGUCUAUUUUUUAUUCUUUUUAAUUCUCGACUGUUUUUUUUUUUUUUUUUUUAAUACAAACAAGGAAGUGUUGUUUGGUGGGUUUUCUGUAUGAACUUGGGCGCGUUUCUUUGUUUGAAUUUUUUUUUUAUAACAACUACAUAUUUUAUUUAAAAAGCCGCUGAAUAUCUUCAACUCCGUUGCAAAACAUCCUUGUACGUUUUCUUCUUUUUAAAACAGAAACAUUAAAAAAUUAAAAAACAACAAUGAUUCCAAACUGCCUCCCCCAAGGAGACGUGUACCAUGCAUCAGAAGAACUGGUCAAAGCAGCUCAUGUGCCCAGCUUUCAAAAAUACAAAGAACUUUACUUGAAAUCAGUUGACAAUCCUGAAGAGUUCUGGGGUGACAUUGCCAAAGAAUUCUACUGGAAAAGCAAGCACAGAGGUCAGUUCCUGGAUUAUAACUUCGAUGUGACGAAAGGAAAAAUCUACAUCAAAUGCAUGGAAGGAGCCACGACCAACAUCUGCUACAAUGUCCUGGAUAGGAACGUCAAGGAGAGAAAGCUUGGGGAUAAGAUAGCGUUCUUGUGGAAAGGAAAUGAACCGGGAGAUGAGAUGAAAAUCACCUACCGAGAACUGCUGCUGCAGGUGUGCAGAUUCGCAAAUGUGUUGAGAUCGCAAGGGGUGAAGAAGGGUGACCGAGUCUCAAUCUACAUGCCCAUGAUUGUGGAACUGGUGGUUGCCAUGUUAGCCUGUGCCCGAAUCGGAGCAGUGCACUCCAUUGUGUUUGCAGGAUUUUCUGCAGAAUCUCUAUGUGAACGAAUCUUGGAUUCAAACUGUGCCCUGCUCAUCACUGCUGAUGGGUUUUACAGAGGCGAUAAGCUAAUUAACUUGAAGCUGAUAGCUGAUGAAGCACUCCAGAAAUGUAAAGAAAAAAAUCUCCUAGUGAAGAAGUGCAUUGUGGUAAAGCACCUGUGUAAAGAAGAGGUCAGCUGGGACGGGUCAUCAUGCUGCUCACAGUCCCCUCCGACCAAGAGAGUCUGUCACAUUGUGCAGCAGGAGAAACUGAGUGAGAAAGUAAAGAAAGUCUGCCCCAAACCCCAGGUUCCCUGGAACCCGGACGUUGACCUGUGUUGGCACAAGCUGAUGAAAGACGCUCCUGAAGAGUGCGAUCCUGAAUGGUGCGAUUCAGAGGACCCCCUCUUUGUACUGUACACCAGCGGCUCGACUGGUAAGCCGAAGGGUGUACUGCACACAGUGGGAGGAUACCUCCUCUACACCGCGGCUACGUUUAAGUAUGUGUUUGACUAUCAGCCUGAUGAUGUGUACUGGUGCACCGCUGAUAUCGGGUGGAUCACAGGGCACUCCUACAUCACGUACGGACCCCUCGCUAAUGGGGCUACCAGCGUGCUGUUCGAAGGCCUCCCCACCUAUCCAGAUGUGAGUCGACUCUGGGAGAUUGUAGACAAGUACAAAGUCACUAAGUUCUACACCGCCCCCACUGCCAUCCGGUUACUCAUGAAGUUUGGAAAUGAGCCUGUCCAAAAAUACAGUCGCAAGUCGCUGAAGAUCCUGGGGACGGUCGGGGAGCCCAUUAACCCUGAGGCCUGGCUGUGGUACUACAACAUUGUGGGGGAUAAAAGGUGCCCUGUCGUGGACACUUUCUGGCAGACCGAGACUGGAGGCCAUGUGAUGACUCCUCUUCCUGCUGCCACGCCCAUGAAACCAGGGUCAGCGUCAUUCCCUUUCUUUGGAGUGGUUCCUGCCAUCCUCAAUGAAUCUGGGGAGGAGCUGGAAGGAGAAGCUGAAGGAUAUCUGGUGUUCAAGCAGCCGUGGCCCGGAGUGAUGAGGACAGUCUAUGGUAACCACCAGCGGUUUGAGACCACCUACUUCAAGAAAUUCCCAGGGUACUAUGUUACAGGAGAUGGCUGUAGGAGGGAUAAGGAUGGAUACUACUGGAUUACUGGCAGGAUAGACGACAUGCUGAAUGUUUCUGGUCAUUUGCUGAGCACUGCGGAGGUGGAGUCUGCGCUGGUUGAGCACUCAGCGGUGGCAGAGGCGGCCGUCGUCAGCCACCCACACGACGUCAAGGGGGAGUGUCUUUACUGCUUCGUGACGCUGAAAGACGGGCAAGAGUUCACCAAAGCACUGGAGGCAGGGCUCAAAAAACAAGUCCGAGAAAAGAUUGGACCCAUUGCGACCCCCGACUAUAUACAGAACGCACCUGGAUUACCCAAAACACGGUCUGGCAAGAUCAUGAGGAGAGUAUUGCGAAAGAUUGCCCGGAAUGACAAGGACCUGGGCGACAUCUCCACACUCGCUGAUCCUACAGUUAUAGAACAGCUCUUCAACAGCCGCUGUGUGCUGUAAUCACAGCAUUUACUGCUGAUUGUAAAGCUACGGUAAUCACAGCCUUACUGCUGUUUGUAAAGCUACAUUAAGAAGGGAAGGGUUGCACAAAAUGUGAAGAUUUUAAAUUUUUAAAAACUAAUUUUUCUGCUCAUGUUAGACUACAAAGAGACCUGGAGAAUUCAUUUCUGUGUUUUAUUUUUUUUCUUUCUGUUAAGCAGUUUGUAAAGAUCCUACAAAGACGGGAUCGGUGCGUAAUUAAAACGUCUUUAUAUUACCAUUUCAACACUAAAAAGCUAUAGGAAUGAAAUGCAUUGUGUCUUGUACUGCAAGUUAUAAAAAUGUUGGGAUAUAUAAUGAUUCCUAAGACUGUAUUACCAGUCUGCUGCAUCUUCCUUAGACCUCUUUACUGGUCUGUCGUAUUGAAAUAGUUCACUUGCCAAAAAUAGAUGUUCCCCUACUGCCUUUUCCACCUUGAUCCUGGUGAUCGUAUCCAUGGUUUCUCUGGGUGUGAACUUAAAGGGAUUACUGGAUGAACGUAUUUUUCUAGGAGGCUGAUAUUUCAUCAGGUCCUGAAAUAAAAAUUGGUCGUGCAUUGAAAAUGACAUAUUUAGCAUCCUUCUGUGUCUUCCCAGAUGAAUUUCAAAUAUAAAAAUUGAAAGAUUAAUGCAGGCUUGUGCAUGCUGAUGCAACAUGGUUUCUUUUGACAAGUUUGGAAAAUGCUAUGCGGUCUCGCAUCUUCAGAAGCUGGCCUGUGCUGAGCCCCACUGGGGCCUAUUCUUAAAGCAGUUUGCUCCAGUCUGUAAUUUACUCCCUAUUGUAUUAAUGGGGUGGAAUAAGAGAAAUCCAUUUUACACAAUGAGAAGGACCUAUACAUGAGCUACAGAGUAGUUUCGUUCCAGUUUUGCAACAUGAACAGCUGUGUGGCUAUUUUUUGUUCUUAAAAUAGGAGAGCAUUACAGCCUGGAACAAAAUGAUUAGAGGACAGGCGCUCAGGGGUCUGUGUGUUUUUAAAAGUCCUGACCUUCCCAACUUAAACUGUCAUUCGCUUGUUUCUCUUGUUCACUUAAAUGACAGCCACUUGAUUGUACUUGUUCACCAUCACCUUGGUUAUCGGUCACCCUUGUUUUACUUACAAUGAGUAUCUUGUAUCAUACCUACCGAUUGUGACAGUGAAUGUUUUAGCGAUUCAAACGCACUUAUGGUUAUGGAAAAGGAGGCUUUGUAAAUUGUGAAUUUAUAAACCUGAUCGUAUCGAAGUGUAAAAUGUGCACCCUUUCUUUCUAUCUUUCUUUCUUUCUGUCCAUCUUUGAUGCAGGGAGAAAAGAAAGUGCAUUACUUUAGAAGCUUGCAGUGUCAUCUGGUUGAAUAGAAACAUUAAUUAUACCAUGUAUUAACAGCAGGGGGCAGCAGAAAUGCAGUUUCAACAGCGACAAUGCUAGUAAAACAAUUGAACCAGUCAGGAGUCAGAGGUUGAAUUCCCAGGUUUUUUUCUUUCAACCCUACCUUACAACAACAGACAAACUAACGUGUAACUGGAUCUGUGUGAUUGGAAACGACUGGACUGGAGCAGUGCUAGGAAUCUGCCCUUGGAGCAGCACACACCAGUCAUUGGAAUUGAACACUCCACAGCAAGGAGGUGCUGGUCAGUGGUGUUGAUUGAGGCGAUUCACCAUUCCAAUUGAAGAGUAAUCAGAUCGCGCCGCUCGACUUCACAAACUGGAUUGAACUCCGGCACUAUCGGACUUGUGCUUUUAUAUUUUCCCCAGUCUGUCUCAAAAGUAAGGACCGGUUUAUUCUAUGUAAGGGUACUGGAUUAUGGGUUAAAUAAGAUAGAAGGCAAAUUUGUAUUUGUGUCUUGGAUGUAUCUAAAAUGUACCACAAACAUGUACAUUUCAACCUACUGUAGUAAAGUAAUGUUCUGAACAGCGUGCAACUUUUUGAAUGUGUAGAAACAGAUAUUUUGGUUUGUAGGUUGUGGUUUUUAACAACAGGUAUAUUUGUGGAAUGUUUGUGUGUGUGUGCGGGUAUUUAAGAAAUCAGUUUUAAUGAAUACAUUGUGUAAUACAUUUUUGGUCUGUCAGUACUAUGUGGCUAUGUGUUAAACAAUGAUAAAUGUAAUUUCUGUAAUUGUUCUGUUUGAUCACGCACAGUCUCCUCAUACAGUAUGAGAAUCCAAUGUAAAAAUGCAAGCUUCAUAAUAAGGAUGGCAACUUUUUAUUCCUCUAUCAGUUCAAGCAAGUAGUAGAAGCUCACGUUCCUGUAGUCGAGUCAAAGCAACAACCUCGUAUCAAUCCUCAAUUCAAGAAUUUAAGCAAAGAGGCUUCUUCUUUUUAUGAAUAGUUGAGCUACUGUGGCUUUUGAUGUAAAAAACAAGAUGUGUGCUAGUGGUUAAAUAGUUAUUACCAGGGCAUAAAUAAUGGUUUGAGCUGACUUCAUGCGUAAUAAUUAAUCGCAAAUGUGGUUUUGUUUUUAGCUUUUCUGUUAAUGCUAUGUGUGAUAAACCAGGUUUUCCCCAUUGUGUACCACUGUAUUAAAAAAUACAAGCAAUGUAAAAGAGAGAUUGUGCCUGAGGAUAUGGAAAAUCAAAUGUUUGUUGUUUUUUUUGAUUUUUGUAAAUUUAAAAUAAAUGUUAAUGAAA